AUGCUAGUUUCUGUUGUGAUUGAUCCCGAUAUAAUUUCAUUGGAAAUAUCAGAAUUAGAACUGCGUUAUCUUACUGAACGGCUGCAGGACCAUGAACAUAUGUGUGAUUAUGAUAUAAAAUCUACGCUUGUUGAAUUGAAGCACUUUUACACAGUUCUCAAAAAUAAAGAUGGUAUGUUUGUGCCAUCAGUUAUGGUUGACAAAAAAAUUCUUGAUCAUGUACCAUGUUGGUUCGGAAAUACGGAAGAAAUAGAUGAAUCAUCAAACUCUGAUCAAGAACUUGAUUCAAUCACAACAUACAAUACUAUCUUGUCAAUAUUUGGCGCAGAAAAUAAAAAUCUGGAUCAACGCGAAAUGACAACGAUUCAACCUGAACAAAUAAUUAGGGAACAACCACGAGAGAUAGAUAACAUUUUUGCUCUUGGUUCUGGUGAAAAAAUUAGUAGAGUUUAUGUCAAGAAACCAGGUGGAUGUGGAUGUGAACCAACUUUCACAGUAACUUUGACCGAUGCUCGUAUUCUGCAGCGCCGUCAAGAUUGGGCAUGUUGCGGAACUGGAACGCGUGUUGACAAUAUGCUCUUCUUGUCAGAUAUUAGUACCAUUAGCGAUGCAGCUUCGGGGCGAAGUAGUUGUCCAUCAUUGAAUUGUUGCAGCAUCAUAUGUUGUAUUAUGUGCUGCAUUUGCGGACUAUGUUGCAAAAAUUCAAGAGGCAAGGAAAUUGCCAUUCGUGGAGGAUUUGGCGAAGAAAUUUUCACAUUUGCUCUUGCUGAUGUACCAAGUGCUCUUGCCGACAUUCCAGCAGCAGCAAUACCUCAUAAAACAUCACUACAUCGAUACUAA